AUGUUCGUUGAGGCAGAGGCUUGGAACUUGCUAGACCCGAGUGUAUCAUGUUUUGUUAUUGCUUAUUGCGCCUCAAUGCAACAUUUUCAUGCAGUAUGCAGUCCUUGCGUCAUGGUCGAUUUAGAACAUCAAGUCUUGGCCAGGUUUGGUCUAUCUGCUCUCUUCUCCUUAGCUCACGAAUCUAGGAAUAUUAGGUAUUCUAUAUAUGAGAAGAAUGUUGGAUUUGCGACUAGUGUACCAGCUGGUUAUACUACAUUAGCAGUUGCUCGUACUCUGCUACUAGGAAUAUCUAGGUCAUGUCUUAUCCCUAUCGCGUCUUUGCGAUACUUUACUGCAGUAUGCAGGUUGUCAUAUGGUCUCUCCUUGACCAUAACACUCGUCUCUCUUGAGAUGGAAAGAAGAGCACUCUUCAUUGUUUUUGCUCCAUUUAAUCUUGGUAUUUGGGACACAUAUUGCUCUAUUUACUCCUUUAUGGAAGUUGUUUACAUCCAAUCUUUCCCUCCUCUCGUGAGUGAUUGUAUUGUAGGGAAAACAGAUGUCGGAGUUUGCUUGGCUAUUUGCUUCUCUAACCCUUGA